CGGCUGUGCGCCACCGGUGCGUCACACUGCUCUGCUGCUCGCUAGACGGGCACACAACAGCUACCAGGAGGAGGAAGAGAAGGCGAGCUAUCAGGAUCAUGCUGCUGUCGGUACCUUUGACUUUGUGCUUGUUGUGGGCGAGCGGCUGCACGGCGCGGAGCGGGGCGGUGAUCCUGCGGGACGCCAUGGAGCGCAGCCCGCUCAGUCUGAACGACAUGUUCCGAGAGGUGGAGGAGCUGAUGGAGGACACCCAGCACAUACUGGAUGAGGCUGUGGACCAGAUAACUACCGAGAGUGCAAAAUCAUCUUUAAUGUCACUGGAUCUGCAUCCUAACUACCACAACAAGACUAAGAAGAUGAUAAAGGAUGGAGACAGAGCCGUUCAGGUCCUAGAUAGAGCUGACAAGGAAACUAAUAACAUAACAGGAGAGAUUCAUCUUUCACACAUCCACACGGAAAUGUCUGGCCAGUGGAACAGUGUGGAUCACGAAUGCAUGGUGGAUGAGGACUGUGGUGACCUGAAAUACUGCCUGUAUGAGAUUGAGAAUUCCAAGUGCCUCCCCUGCAUACCGACAGACAUGCCCUGCACUAAAGACGAGGAGUGUUGCUCAGACCAGCUGUGCGUGUGGGGCCAGUGUACAGUCAAUGCCACCGAAGGAACAGAGGGAACUAUCUGUCAGGGUCAGAGCGACUGCAGGCCGGACCUCUGCUGCGCCUUUCAGCGAGAGCUGUUGUUUCCAGUGUGUAAUCCCAAACCAGAGAAGGGGGAAUCCUGCUGGAGCCACCCCAACCUGCUGAUGGACAUGCUGGCUUGGGACCAGGAGGGUCCCCGUGACCACUGCCCCUGUGCCGACAACCUCCAGUGCCAACCUCAUGGACGUGGAUCAGUUUGUGGAGAGUAGUGCUGGAGAUGGACAGAACAUGAGGAAGUUAUACAUGACCCUGUCCAGGAGCUAUACUAACAUCCAUACAGAGCACCCACCAAACAACGGCCCACCUGCUGAUCAACAGUUUUUAAAGAGUAGGAUGUUGCUUCAGGAAAGGACUUGCACUGUCUUAUUUAUGCCUUACUACCAAUGUGUAUUAUAUAUCAUGGAGCAAAUAAAAGAGUUGUUUUUAGUUUGGACUGAGAA